GCCGGGGUUGGCAGAAGACUCCGAUUCGGCGGAUGCAUUCAGCCCGGCUCCGGGCCUGUCACAGCAGUUUCACCAGGACUCUGUGACUGGUGAUGCCCCCUUUCACACAUCAUGAAGCAUUCAAGCCAGGCAGAAUCCGACAACAAUGCCUUCUUGGAGCUGUGCCAUCCCUGUAUCUACAUAGGCUUCCUUCAACCCCCUUUGUUAUUAAAUAAUAAUAUCCAUCAUAGAAAACACUUUCUCAACACACCUUCGGCUUUCUAGGACUGUUCUUCCACUACCACACAACAUCAGGAUAGUAUCAUAUUCCUACGAGCAUCCAGAUCAUGUCAAAUAGCUCCCAGUCCGGCCAAACUGUAUCUCAGGGGGGAUUACCUGCACCACGACAAGGAAGACGGGGCCGAAAUUUUGGGGCUCUACUUACGACCCCGGAUGCCGCAGAUUCUACAACAACAACAGCAGCAACCAAGUCCGCAAGACAAUCCUCCAAUACCACUGCUUCUGAAGCACCAACCAAGAAGAACGCAGGGCUUCAAUCCAACAAGUCUACCCAGGCGAGGAAGAAAGACGCACCUCCCCACCAGAAACACUCGAUCGCCGCCCCGCAAACCCAAGACUCAAGAAGUGCGACUGAAGUGACUCGGCCCAGCCCACAGCCAUCCCUUGCAACCAUCCCUCCAAGCCAAUCUCUCAUCAAACAAUCCAGUCCAGCUAGCGGUCCCGCCGAGGGUGGAGAGACUUGCUUGAUUUGCGCCGAGCCGAUCAAGUACUUCGCCCUCGGUUCCUGUUCUCAUCCCACCUGUCAUAUCUGUGCGAUUCGGAUGAGGGCACUCUACAAGAAGCGCGAUUGUGCGUUAUGUAAGACCGAGUUGAGUGACGUCAUCAUCACCAGCAAUCACCAGGCGAAUUUCACGAGUUAUGAUCUCUCGACCUUCAAGUUCAAGGACCCCCAUCUAUCGGUUUAUUGCGAGACGUUUGAGCAGUUGGACGAAUUACUGGCUUAUCUGAGGUUCAACUGUCCCCAUCCGGACUGUUCGAGCGUGCUUAGUAACUGGAAUGACCUCAAGUUUCAUACCCGGACUGCCCACCAUGGCCUCACCCUCUGCGAUCUCUGCUGUUCGAACAAGAAGGUCUUUGCCCACGAACACACCCUCUUUACCACCAAGGGCAUCACCGUUCAUAUGAACCAGGGCUCCGUCGGAAUCGGGAGAGGCCUUCGCCGGGCCAGACUCAUGGCCGACGAGGGUCCAGGCACAGGGAAUGAGGAUGAUGAUGGCUUCAAGGGGCAUCCUCGUUGCGGGUUCUGUAGUGUUUACUACUACGACGACGACCAACUCUAUCAGCACUGUCGAGAUAAACAUGAACAGUGCUUCAUCUGUGUUCGCAAUGGGGUUGGCCGAUGGCAGUAUUAUCUGGAUUACAAACAUUUGGAAAGUCAUUUUCGUGAUGAUCACUACCUGUGUAGUCAAGCGACAUGUUUGCAGGCCAGAUUUGUGGUAUAUGAAACUGCCGUGGAACUCCAAACACAUCAGAUCGAGGCACAUGGGGCCGAAAUGGGUGUGAAAGCUAUCAAAGAUGCUCGAAAGCUGGAGACCAAUUUCGUCUAUUUGGGUGGCCAGGAGCAACACUCACAGAUGCACAGCAACCGACCGGCAACAACAACAACAACACGGGACCAACGGGCUGGGCGGGGGAUAGCGGUCAUGGAUAUCCCUCCUAUCAGCGGCGAGGGAUCGACGACCCUGUCGAACGCUAAUCGGAUCGUCCCCGGUCUGGCACCCAAUCCUGGAAGAAGUAAUAGCAGCAAGCCUCACAAAGGCAAAUCGAAGUCCGCCCCGACAACUGAAGCUGAAGACUCUAGCCAUCAAUCUUCUAGCAAUCUUGAAAACGUAAACGAAGGCGGCAGUAGUUCUUCCACUAAAUAUGACCAGCAACGUCAUGCGGUGCUCAUGCAACGGGUCAGUGAGGCUGUGAAUGGCGCGGAAGCCAAAACGACAUCCUUCAAAGUUGCUGUCAGGACAUACCGAAACAACGAGAUGGCAGCCCCGGACUUCAUCGAUACCCUCUGCAACAUAUUCGAUCAUCGGUCUGAGACGAUCGGGCCGAUCCUCAGUCACCUGUUAGACCUACUGGAUGUGGCGGAUGAUCGGAAAAGCCAACUGGCAGAAAGAUGGCUGAGCCUAAAACUUGAUCAAACUCAAUAUCCGUCUCUUGAUGGCAACUCUUCUGCAAAAGGGCCCCAAUCGAGCUUCCAAUCAUCCAGUCAUUCUGGGCCGGCUUUGGGGUCGCUCCAGACCUCUUCGUGGAUCCGUCAGCAACCGCGUUAUUCGAAGUUGGUCGACAAAUCCGCCCGCAGUCACAAUCAUCGGGAGGUCCCAGGCCUGGUGCCCAAGAAACUCAAAUCUGGAGCCAACAAGUCUACCCCCUGGGCCUCGGGCUCGAGCACCACACCCAGUACUCGUGUGAAUACUUUUCCAGUCACCACAUCCACCAAGACUCAGCAGUCCAACAAUACUGCACGCCCAGGCGCACCGAAGGCAGCGACGCCAGGGCCCGGGCCGUCGGGUGCCCAGAACGCGCAUUUUCCCAGCUUGCCGACGAAGCCAAUCGCGCCGGCGAAGGCCGGCUGGAAGCCGAGCACCAACGGGACUACUAGUGGCACUAGUAGUGGCGCCCAAUGGGUCGCUCAGGGUAGUACGCAGAUGCCUCUUCCUGGCGCAUCGACUCAUGCUGGUGGGGGGAAUAAGAAGUCUAAGAAGAUCGUCUUGUUCACUAAUUCGCGUGCUUGAUCUCUCUCUCGCUUUGUGUGUGUGUGGAUCUUGAGUGAGGCCCCGUAAGAUUGAUUAUAACAUGGUGUCUUAAUUGUCGUCGUACUCUUUUGUUCUUCAUCCUUGGUACUUAGUGUGUCCAGCCAGAGCUUCAGGAUCAGAAUUGUUUUGUCCAUUCACUCGUCAAGUCAACUCCCUCAUUAUCAUCAUCGUCGUCUUAGAUGCAGAUUUCGUCGCUUCUACACCCGGCUGACUGGCUUCCCAUCACUAUCAUGAUCGUGUAGCACUUUAUAUAACUCAUAGAUAGACUUGCUUCGCCCUUUUCCUUUUCUCUUUAUGUAUAUAUAUAUGUGUGUGUGUAUUUAGAUCUUUACAUACCAUUCAGUGUUUUUUUUCUUUCUUUAAUUUAAUGCGUUCUUUAAUUUUGAAUACAUCUUCCUAUCCUUGUUGCGACAAUGAAUGCAGAGAGUGAGAUACAUAUGUGUGGAUGUCAGUGGAUCUGUUUUUUUGUUUUUUUUGUCUGGUCUUGGUUUCUUGAGCUUUAUUUGAAUGUGGUGUCUUAGGGAAUGUUCAGGUGUCUUUGGGCUUGUGUAGCCAGCCAGCCAGUCAUGGGCUUGUCAAUCGUAGGCCUGUUUGUAUAAAGAGAAGUUCCAGCGACAUGGUCCAGAUGAUGAUGAUGAUGAUGAUGAG